AUGGCUUCCAAGUGCCUCAAGGCUAGCUUCUCCUCGGGGUCCCUCAAGAGCCCUGGAGGGGCUGCCGGGGGCUCCAGCCGCGUGGCCACCAUGUACUCCAGCAGCUCCUGCAAGCUGUCCCGCGGGCCCCGCAGCUUCUCCGUGUGCCCGGCGGGGCUGGGCAGAAGCAGCUACGGGACCGCCAGCUGCCUCCCUGCUCCCUGCUUCCCCACUGGAAGCUUUGCUACCAGCUACAGCCUGGCGGGGGGCUGGUUUGGGGAGGGCGCCCUCACCGGCAGCGAGAAGGAGACCAUGCAGUCUCUGAACGACCGCCUGGCCAGCUACCUGGAGAAGGUGCGGCAGCUGGAGCGUGAGAACGCGGAGCUGGAGGGCCGCAUCCGCGAGUGGUGUGAGCAGCAGGUGCCCUACAUGCGCCCGGACUACCAGGCCUACUUCCGCACCGUUGAGGAGCUGCAGAAGAAGACCCUGUGCAGCAAGGCGGAGAACGCCCGACUGGUGGUGCAGAUCGACAACGCCAAGCUGGCCGCAGACGACUUCAGGACCAAGUACGAGACCGAGGUGUCCCUGCGGCAGCUGGUGGAGGCCGACAUCAACGGCCUGCGCCGGAUCCUGGACGACUUGACCCUGUGCAAAUCCGACCUGGAGGCGCAGGUGGAGUCGCUGAAGGAGGAGCUGCUCUGCCUCAAGAAGAACCACGAGGAGGAGGUGAACUCUCUGCGCUGCCAACUCGGUGACCGGCUCAGUGUGGAGGUAGACGCCGCCCCGCCGGUGGACCUGAACCGUGUUUUGGAUGAGAUGCGGUGCCAAUACGAAACCCUGGUGGAGAACAACCGCCGGGAGGCUGAGGACUGGUUUGACACCCAGACCGAGGAGCUGAACCAGCAGGUGGUGUCGAGCUCGGAGCAGCUGCAGAGCUGCCAGGCAGACAUCAUCGAGCUGAGACGCACGGUCAACGCGCUGGAGAUCGAGCUGCAGGCGCAGCACAGCAUGAGGGACGCUCUGGAGUCCACCCUGGCGGAGACCGAGGCCCGCUACGGCUCCCAGCUGUCCCAGAUGCAGGGCCUGAUCAGCAGCGUGGAGUCGCAGCUGGCGGAGAUCCGGGCUGACCUGGAGCGGCAGAACCAGGAGUACCAGGUGCUGCUGGACGUGCGGGCGCGGCUGGAGUGCGAGAUCAACACGUACCGGGGGCUGCUGGACAGCGAGGACUGCAAGCUCCCUUGCAACCCGUGUGCCACGGACUACUCGCCCUCCAAGGCCUGCCUGCCCUGCCUGCCGGCGGCCGCCUGCAGUCCUGUCACCGCCCGCACCACCUGCAGCCCCCACCCUGUGUGUGUGCCCUGCCCUGGGGGCCGCUUCUGA